UUAGACCAAAAUGGCGUUUUGACAACGUGAUUCUACUGAUUAAACUUAAAAGUCGUGUGAAUGUAAUAGAAUGCUAUUAUAAUGAUGUGUCAAUUUAAAAAUAUAUCUAUACAAAGUUUCAUCCAGACGCUACAACCUUGAUGCAUCGCUGUUUGCUUGUGAUUCAACUUUUAUACGUCAACUGCAGCGCCGUAGUGUGUGUGUUUAAAGCAGCAAAGACUUCUAGUCGUUUUAGCAGGAGUUGCAGUUGUAUCCCUGUGUGCUAAAGUAAGUUUGUAGCCGUGCACCAAAAUACUUUGCCUUUCCUGGUUUGGACCCACGGCUGGCAGAAUAUUGCAAGUGUGUUAUUUUGGUAUUUCCAGCCAGGAUCCCAGUUAACGUUAGUAUCCUGUUCUGCAGUCUGGUUCGCUGCGACGUGUUGCAGUGACUGCUGCUGAAAUCGCCGCGGUUUCAUAUUCCUCCCAUUCAUAGCGCAGUCGCUUUAGUUGCAGCUGGCGUGGUUACAACAUUAGCAGUUGAAUAUAUAUAUUGUUUUUAUUCGCGAACCCACAGUCUGUAAAUGUAAAACAACAAAGCCAUAUAUAUUGUAUAAUGCAACUUUUGUUUUUAUAUACAAUGUAUUACAAUACAACGAGAUGAGUUUCACGUGUACGGAUUUAUUUAUUUAUUUAUUUUGCCGUUUCAUUCGAAUAUAUUUUAAUAUUCAGUGGGGUUGUUUGACACAUUUAUCAAACGCAGACCGGGUUGUGUUUCGUUGUCUGUACUUGGUACGGCAGGACCCCGUUGUGUGUGUCUGUGGUCGUUUGGCGUUUCCUCAUACUGUGCAGGAAACCCUAAAACCACCCAAAACAAGCCGAUAAAUGUAAUGUUUUUUUGUAAAGUUUUAAAACUAAAACUUAUCAAAUUACUAUACAAAACCCGCGUAUUUUUUCGCCCCCAGAUUUUUCUUUCCGUGCGCUUACUAGUAACAGAACUUUAUCGUCGCUCAAGUUUAAGUUCCAAUAUAGCAUGUUAGGCUUUUCAAUUUAGAUUAAUUUAUUUGGUAUUGUUUUAUAUUUAUGUAAUAUUUAUUUCCCCUGUAAACGUGAAUGGACUGUUUGUGUUAAUAAGAAACGUGAAUAAAUAAUCAUUUCUUGUAAUCGGCAGUUUAUUUUGGUUGUUUUUUUUAUUAACCGAUUUUGUAGUUAAACUGUGGCACCCCUCGCGGUACGUUUGCAUCAGAAACAGAGGACGAAAAAAACAGCAAAACGUUUAUUUGUUACAAAUUUGACAUAAAUAUUAUUCCUACUAGAAACGUUCGCUUUCCUUGACGCUUGUAGUUGGGUUAUUUUUAACCCUUUGUAAUGUAGUCUGGUUCUACACAGUUGGCCCUACACGUCAUUUGUCACGCAAAAUAAUUUUAGAAAGGUUUUCAGAAAAAAAUGCCUGCAAAAUAUGCCUAUUUUGUCAAGAUUUGCCUUCAGAGUAGAUAUGAUAUUGUUGUUAUUGUAUUUUUCUGCACCAUUCCUUAUGAAUUCCACACACACUCCUGCCCAGUGAUACUAAUACAAACAGGGUUGGGGUCAAGUCAGUUUUUUCAAUUCCAGUGCCUUUUUAAAAUCAAUUCUCAUUCCCAUUCCCUUUGAAUGAAUUCCAACACAUCAUUGAUCAAAUUGGCAAUUAACAAUGUUCUUUUAAAAUGAACUUCUCGCAGUGGUGACAAAUUACUUAUAUUUAAGUCAAUUAAGUUGCCUUCAAAUGAACAAUCAUAACAAUUUAUUCUGUCUCUAAGCUAUCCUUGGAAGGAAUUGGAAUAGAUUGCAAUGUAGAGGCGGGGGUCUUGCAGAACGACGGGACUAAACUUGCAUUUUCUUGCUUUUUUUCCCCUCCCCUUCUUUGUAGCUGUUUGGAUUCUCCAUUGAUCGCACUUCCUACAGCACCAGCAGCAGCGACCUGUUUGCUCUGGUCCUCCUUCUCGUUUCAAGCCAGCGAGCCACAGGAGGGCGCUGUGAGUGGCAUUGCUGAGUGUGCCUGACCCUUCAGAGCAGCAGAGCCCCCUGCUGUCCACUGCAGGAUUUGCCUGUCCGCUGGGAUUCGGGCAGGAGGAGAACAGCCUUUGCGUGCGUAUCUGGAGUCAGGACAGAGAUUUAAAAGGUGCUGUUUCAGUCCACCCCUGCGAUGCUCUCCUCCCCUCCCUCCCCCUCUCACUGCCAGCAUGUGAUGCAGCAGUUGUGCGCCCAGCUGGAGUUUGGCUUCCUGUGUGACGUGAUUGUGAGCGUGGGGGAGGUGCACUUCCGCGCACACCGGGCCGUGCUGGCGGCCUGCAGCGGCUUCUUCCACAAGCUGUUCAUCACGCAGCCUGUGCUGGCCGAGCGCGCACACUGCAGCUACGCCCUGAGCUCCUCCGCCGUGAGCCCCCAGCACUUCGACGCCAUCCUGCAGAUGAUGUACCAGGGGCCCCGGGGAGAGGGGGCGACCGACCCCGAGCUGGGGGCAGCCAUGGCCUUCCUGGAAUUCUACAACACCCCUCCGGCUUUGCUGAAAGAGAAGGAGAAUGGGACAGUGCAGGGGCUGCUGUAUGGAGUGGAGUCUCGCAGGCCAGAGGGAGAGGGAGAGAUGGAGGAGGGGGAGGUGGUAGGGCAGAGCCUGGCCGUCCGAGCCCAGGAUCGGGACUGGAAGCCGGGCUUUCUUUACUCGUCCUCCGGGGUCUGCAUGGCGGAGGUUGUAGGGGAAAAAGAGGAGAAGAUGCAGGGGAAGAAGGGGGAAGAGGUAAAGGUGGAUGGAAAGGCAGCGGGAGGAAAGAACCAUUCCUUUUCUUCUUUUUGCACCUCUCCUUUGUCAUCCUCUUGUACUUCCUCUUCCUCCACCUCAUGCUCCGACUCGACUUCCCUGCCCCACUCCCCUUCCCCCAGCAGAGCCCCGGCCCCUAUGAAGAGCGAGGCCCCUGAGAGCCCCUCCUUCCUGGCGCUCCACGGCAUCAGGGUGGUCCAGGUGAGCUCCGAGGCUGGAACCCGAGCUGCCAGCACCAGCACAACUUCACACACAGACUACCUCCCAGAGCUGCCCCUAAUAAUCCAUUCGAACCCGGAGCUCUCCUCCUCCCCUAAGGGAGUGUCGGCAGGGGUAGGGGGCUCGAGGCAGCAGUCAGUGAUGGGGCGCCGGCUGUGGGCCUGGGCUGGCAAGAGCAUGCUUAUGAAGGCUGAGGAAGGUGGCUCCCUGUCCCCUCCCCCCAAGCGGGCCCUCACCCCCCUGUCCUCUCCCCGCCCCAGGAUGCCCUCUACCUUCCCCUGCUCUCGCUGUGAGCUGAGCUUCGACACCAGCCAGGGUCUGGAGGAGCACCUGCUGGUCUGUGGGAGGGAGAGGCCGGCCCGGAGGUGGCGAGUCCCCAGGAAGCACCAGCGCAGCCCCUCACCCCCCUUCCAGACCCUGCCCCGGUCGAUCAAGCAGGAGCCCUGCUCCAUGGAGGUGGAGCUCGAAGUGGAUGGCGUGCCGCUGCUUCCUGAUCUACACCCCCCUGAGCAGUCCUGCAAGACCUGCGGGAAGCACUUCAAGAGAGUCAAGAUGCUGCAAACGCACCGGCCGCGCUGCCCUAUGCUGCUGCAGAACAUGGGCCGGCCGCGCUCGGAGGACAGGAACCACGUGUGCAGGACCUGCGGCAAGGCCUUCCUGCAGAGGGGCCAUCUGACGGAGCACGAAGCCACGCACAGCCAGGUGAAGCGCUUCUCCUGCAGCCACUGCAGCAAGCAGUUCGUGAGGCGCCGGGAGCUGAAGGUCCACGAGGCGCGCCACGAGGGCCAGGCCUCCUACCACUGCCAGUUCUGCGGCCACGCCAGCUACCGCAAGAACGGCCACUACCACCACCUCGCCACGCACCUCCUCCCUCCACAGGCAAUCUGCCAGGCCUGCUUCCAGAUCUGCGAGAACCACACCCAGCUCCUGGAGCAUGAGAUGGAGCACUGGCACACGUGCGAGCGCUGCGGGGCCAAGUACAGGCUGAAGAAAGAGCUGAUACUGCACUACAUGGACUGCCAGGGGUUGAGUGAGGACUGGCAGUAGAGAGGGAGCUGGCACUGCACCAAUCUCUUGUGUGCUUGUAGAGCAAGUAACUCCGGCCAGGUUCAGCAGAUUAGAUGCUAAAAAAAACAGUCAAAUACAUUUUUUUUUUUUGUAUUCUUUAGUUUUUAUUUUUAUAUAUACUUCCAGGGCUAUGUUUAUUAUUAUUGUAAACUAUUUUCUAGUAGUUAAACACACUGCACUCUUCCAGCGUUCAUACCUGAGAAGCCGGGUUUUGAUUCAUUGUUUUGUGUUCGUGUGAAUGUGUUCUCUACUUGAGCUUGAGCAGAUAUGCUGACUCUGCAGGGAGUAUGGGAAGCUCGCAGCGAUUUCAGUCUAGCAGCAGUGAUUCUGUUUGACCUCCUUCAUUAAAACUCUGGGUUUUGAUGGCUGCGCUUUACCUCUGUGGAGGGAGAUGAAAAAUGAUAUUGAUUUUUCUGUGAAAAACGUACAGUAAAUAAAUAUGAAACAAAACAAAGUCUGCACCUCAUCUUCUGAGUUUUUUUAGUCCUUUUUUGUCUUUGCUUUAGAAAAUGUGU